AUGGAACCCAAAGUAAAUUUGCUAGAAGACCCCGUGUAUAAAAAACUGAAAGAUUAUUAUUCUGCGAACUCCGAGAAGAUUAAUAUUUAUCAACUGUUUCAACAAGAUCCUGACCGCUUUAAAAAGUUUAGCCUCUGCAUUCCAACACCGAAUGAUGGUGAGAUCCUGUUAGACUAUUCAAAGAACCGAAUAGAUGAUGCAGUGUUUGGACUUCUGAUGCAGCUCGCAAGAAGUAGGAAUGUGGAGCAGGCUAGAGAUGCUAUGUUUUCAGGUCAAAAGAUCAACUUCACAGAAGACCGAGCUGUACUGCAUAUAGCACUUCGUAAUAGAGAAAAUCGGCCCAUACUAGUGAACGGCAAAGAUGUCAUGCCUGAUGUCAACAGUGUCUUACAACAUAUGAAGGAAUUCACUAACCAAGUCAUUAGCGGAUCAUGGAAAGGUUAUACCGGCAAAAGUAUUACCGAUGUUAUCAAUAUUGGCAUCGGAGGUUCAGAUCUUGGCCCUCUCAUGGUAACUGAGGCGUUAAAACCCUAUGCCAAUCAUCUUAAGGUCCACUUCGUAUCAAAUAUAGAUGGUACUCACUUGGCCGAGGUACUCAAACGCUUGAAUCCGGAGACCAGCCUCUUCAUCAUAGCAUCAAAAACCUUCACCACACAAGAAACUAUCACCAAUGCUACCUCCGCUAAGGAAUGGUUCCUGAAUUCAGCUAAAGAUCCGUCAGCGGUAUCAAAGCAUUUCGUAGCACUCUCAACUAAUGGAGAGAAAGUCACCGCUUUUGGUAUUGAUCCCAAAAACAUGUUUGGUUUCUGGGACUGGGUUGGAGGAAGAUACUCCUUGUGGUCGGCGAUUGGUCUGUCAAUAUCUCUAUACAUUGGUUUCGAAAACUUCGAGAAACUGUUAGAAGGCGCCCACUUUAUGGAUAAGCAUUUCAUGAGUGCACCGUUGGAACAAAAUGCUCCAGUAAUACUUGCAAUGCUUGGUGUGUGGUAUGGAAAUUUCUAUGGCGCCGAAACACAUGCACUUUUACCAUACGACCAAUACUUACACAGGUUCGCGGCAUAUUUCCAACAGGGUGAUAUGGAAUCGAACGGCAAGUAUGUAACAAGGAGCGGUCAAAAGGUUCAAUAUAGUACAGGGCCAGUUGUAUGGGGAGAACCGGGAACUAACGGACAACAUGCAUUCUAUCAGCUAGUGCACCAAGGAACCAGACUGAUCCCGUGUGACUUCAUCGCACCAGCUCAAACCCACAACCCUAUCUCAUCUGGAGUUCAUCACAAGAUCCUGUUGGCUAACUUCCUGGCGCAGACGGAAGCUCUCAUGAAGGGAAAGACAGCGGAUGAGGCUAAAGCGGAACUCGUCAAGUCGGGCAUGGCACCGGAAGCGAUCUCCAAGAUCCUUCCUCACAAGGUCUUCACCGGAAACAGACCGACCAACUCUAUCGUAGUUAAGAAAGUUACACCCUUCACACUAGGAGCACUCAUUGCCAUGUACGAGCACAAGAUCUUCAGUCAAGGCGUUGUGUGGGACAUCAACUCGUUCGACCAGUGGGGCGUGGAGCUCGGCAAACAGCUGGCAAAGAUCAUAGAACCAGAGUUAGCGGAGGGAGGCGCGGUCACCUCGCACGACGCCUCCACAAACGGGCUCAUACACUUCCUUAAGAAAAACUUCUAA